UAAUUUUACUCCCACAUGUAAUAGCUACUGAUUAUACUCUUUAUAAAGUGACUGCAUUUAACUCAAUUGAAAGAUCUAUUCUUUAUCAAAUUCAUUUUAAGAGUCAUUAUUUUUAUUUUGUCAAUGGUGUGACAAAUGAAGCUAUCAUACCCAUUGAUAUAAUAGUUGAAGGUUCUAGAACUAAAACAUUUGAGAGGCUGCUGUUAAGGAAUAACAUACAAUUCUCCAAAUUUUCACCGGAUUAUGUUAUGUUUACAGAUUCAAAAAUAAUAAAGAAGAUACAGAAUUCUAUGAUUGGGAUGCUGUUAACACAUGGGUAAAUGAACAUGUGACAAAGCAUAGUGAACUUAAAAAAAUUGUAAUAGCUAAGACAUUUGAAAAAAGGGAUGUUUUCAUAUUAAAACUAUCCUCGGAGAAAAAGAAAGUUUCAAUAUUCAUAAUGGGUGGUGAGAUAGCAAGAGACUGGUCCACACCGGCCAUCAUUUUCAGCUUAAUCAAGGAGUUAUUAGAGACAAAAAGUUUAAGAAUACUAAGAGAUUAUUAUGACUUUUAUUUUCUUCCAUUUAUGAAUCCUGAUGGCUAUGUUUACAGCAGGAAUGUGAGAAGAUUUUGGGCCAAAAAUAAAAAAGUAUUCAUGCCACAUAUAGACUGCUUAAAUAACAAUACAGCGGAAGGUGUCAACUUGAACAGAAAUUGGCAUUUUGCAAAAGCAUCUUAUAAUGUGAUUGAUCAAGAGUGUAAUGCUGUUUAUAUUGGACAACAGCCUUUAUCAGAGGAAGAAACCUUUUCCCUUUCUUUUGCUUUGAAUAAUUUGGCUUUAGAUUUAAUGGCAUUUGUUAAUCUUAAAGGUUUCAAUAGAUUAUUAACAAUUCCAUAUGGAAAUGAAGCAAUGUCAGUGAAUCAUGAUAUUUUAAUGGAGUUAAUCACAUUAGCAAGUGAUACAGUUAAAGAAAAGUACAAUGUUACUUAUUAUGUUGGAAAAACAGAAAAAUAUAUUUAUAAUUCAUCAGGAAAUGUUGCAGACUGGGUAAAAAAGAUGCUUAACAUACCAAUUGUGUAUACAGUUUAUUUAAAGAAUGGAGACAACAUUCUACCUAAGUUGCAAGAUGUGAAGAUACUCACUCAACAUUUAAGUACUAUCUUAAAUGAAACUUUAGUAAUGGCCAGGAAUAUUUAUGGACCCUUAUUUAGUAACAGUUACAAAUUGAUAGUUGAAGUUAAAAAAUAUGUCAUUUGUAUAAUCAUUUUUAGAUUUCUAAAGUACUAUUUUUUGUUAGCUUAUUAGGUUAUUGUAGU